AUGAAGCGACUCUUCAAACCCAAGGACGCCAACGUCAUCACGCCGCUGCCACUGGGGGACGAGUCGCGGGACCCGCCCCAGCUGCAGCAGAGAGACUACCUGCCCCCCUCCCCGUCGCCCUUUCCUUCCGACUACGACUUCCGCGCCGGUCAAGGGGCGCAGCCGGGCUUCCCGCCCGACGCCGAGUCGACCCCCUCCUCUCGGAGGCAGCAGCAACGACACAGCUCGCACCAGCCUCCCAUCCGUUCGCCGUACAGCAACCCUCCCCUGCAGUCGCAUCGCUCGCGUGACCCGCUUCAGCAGCCAUCGGCCUUUCCCGCCCCCCAAUUCUCGCCCAGCGGCCGUCCGCAGUCGUACCAGCUGUUCGAUGCAGGGCCUCAGCCGCGGCCACACGACGGAGGCCGACAACCCUUCCAGCAGCACCAGCACCAUCCCUCGGCGCCGAGCAACUAUCCCGUCUCACCACGCGGGCAUCCUGCGGCCACCUUGGUGGGCACGCCGACGGGGAACGGGCCUGCUGGCCGCUCGAGGGUUGUCGGCCAAGCAGAGACGGCCGCGGAUGCCUGGCCCUCACGCCGCCAGUCGAGCUCUGGUCAUGCCAGUGGCGCAGUCGACAGCGACAGGGACACCGACAGCGACGAUGAGUCGGCCUAUCGGCAAUCGCGGGUCCUCAAUAGCCUGGUGCCCAGAACGACGAAUCACGCCGCAAUCGGUGCGGAUCCGGACGUCGCGAUGUCCGGCAGCGGCCACGGUGGCCACGGUUCCGGCUCCUCGGGCCACGCUCGCAUGGAGAACUCCUCGUCGGGAAUGCCAGGCAGGGCGUCGCAGCCGAUGGGUCCACACCAUUCCAACCAGGGUAGCGUGGCAUCGCGGACCUCUGUCGAACGCCCGCCGUGGAACUCGGCAGAGGGCCGACCACCGUCGAGCCUGCAGCGGGAACGCAGCACGGGAGAGGGCGAGGGCGUCGCACGGCGUGGGGCGCUGGGCAUGCGGAGAUGGAGGAGCACCCGCAAACAGCGCGACCAGGCCAGCGUCGGCGGCGAGGGCGUGACGGACGGAUACCUGGACCAGCCAGACGGCGAGGCGCAGCCACAGAGAAGCAGUUGGCGCUUUGGUCGCGCCGGCGGUGGCGGUGGCGGCAGCGGCCCGACACCGGCGGCCUAUCCCGUCUAUGCCGGUCAAGGAGAAGAAGGUCCAGAGACGCUUCUCUCCGUCGGCUCCACAGGCUCGCGCGACCGGCGACUCGACCCCGCAGAACCGUCGGCCGACCGGAAAAAGGGUAGAGCCAAAGGCCCCAAGAAGCUCUUUGGCUUCGGCAGUGACGGCAAGGAAUCCAAAGGACCCGCCGCCCGCGUCAAUGGGGCCCCAGCGGCAGGCCCUGAAGCGGAGGAUCGAGGCGACGUGCCCUACCACAGCUACGCUCCGGAUGCCCGGCCGGACCUCUUGACGGCGCAACACGGCGAGCGCCUGGAACGCAGUCUCCCGCCCACGCCCAGCUCACCGCAGCCCGCGGCCGCGGCUUCGUCGUCGGCGUCGUCGUCGCGCAAGGACCACUGGUACGACCGCAAGGCCAAAAAGAAGGGCAACAAGCUGAGCAAGGAGGCAGAGCGGGAGCUCGAGGGCAUCGUCACCGCAAAGGUGGGCUGGCUCUGCGCACAGCAGACGGCGGCCGACGACUGGGAGGUGGUGCUUUCGCUGGCCGAGGCGGUGAGCUACUCGGAGGCGGCGAGCAAGGAGGCGGCCCGGGCGCUGCGCAAGGAGUUCAAGUACGGCACGAUGCCCGCGCAGAAGCGCGCCGCCAGGGUGUGGGCGGUGCUCACGAUGAACUCGAGCGACCGCUUCAAGCUGCAGAUUGCCUCGAAGCGGUUCCUGGACGUCGUCGAGGAGACAAUCUCGUCGCCAAAAACGCCGCUCAGCGUCAAGGAGACGAUGCUGCGGGUGCUCGGCGUGCUCGCGUACGAGUUCCGCACCGACUCGGAGCUCAGCAGCGUCACGCGAUGCUGGAACAAGGUCAAGCCGAGCGAUCGGCCCAUCGGCGGAGAGGCGCUGAGCCCGGACCUUGAGGAGUUUUCGUUGGCUGGCGGCGGCGGCGGCGGCGGCGCCAACGAGGUGCAGCCCAGCUUUGCCCGGCAGGCAUCGAACCACGAACAAUGGCAGCCCCGAUCAGGUGCGAUGAUGGCCGACAUGGCGGCGGCGGACGCAGAUGCCCCACCACCCUUGCUUCGGCCGCACAUGGAUCGCAAUCACGCCUCCUUCGACCGCCGUCAUGCUGCACCCUCGCACGCUUCUGGACCAACAGCUGCGGCGGCGAGGACGACGACCGCUCUGCCGCCGAUGCAGCCCUUCGACCGCCACCCGGCAGACGUGCCGUCGCCAGGCUCGUUUGGCGCCAUGCCGACCCUCGACGCCGAUGUCCGCAAGCUGCACGAAGAGUGCCAGAUUGCCCGCAGCAACGCCAACGUGCUCAUCGAGACGAUGCUCAACGAAGGCAUGCGCCCAGACACGCUCGAGCUGAUCGACGAGUUCCACCGCAAGGCCGUCGACUCGCAGGAGUUCCUCAUGUCGCAGGUGCCGUGGGCAAGCGCCCAGGCGGACCGGUCCAGGGACGCCCCCGAUCAGGAGCGGGCGGCCACGGGCGCUGCGCCGCCGUCGGAGUCGACGUGGCAGGAGCGCCUCCUGUCGGACCUACUGGAGUCCCAUGGCAGGUGCGUCGAGGCGGCCAGGAUGGUCGACGAGGCGCGCCAGCAGGCCGAGGCGGAUGAGGAGGAGCGGCGGGUGACGGAGCUCAGCAAGGUCGAGGUGAGGGUGGACCGCAGCGCCCUGGUCGAGGAUGCCGAGACGGGUGAGCUCUACUACAACUCCAACAGCGGCGCUGGACGUCGCCACGCUGCGGACGACAGGGCGGGAGCUGCCAUGGGCGGCACCAGCAGCGGCGGCAGCGGCAUCAAUGGAGCAGGCUACCUCGGUGCUGGGCCGGCAGAGUCCUCGGGUUCGAGAUCGCCGUCUCCAUACCAUGCCAUGGGUGCCGCUGGAUCGUCGGCUGGCGGAAGCGGCGGCAGGCUAUCCCAGUCGUCGGCAGCCUUGCCGUCGAUGGCACUGCCCACAUCGCCGACGCCGUCGCAGCAGGCCGCCUUUGCAUCGUCGCCGCUGCCACACCAGCAGCCGAGGGUCUCUCGGCCCCUGCCCGUCCCCGGAUCAGACAGGUCGUCUAGCCACGGCCACGAUCGGCAGUCGGCGACUUCGCAGGCGUCGUACGCAGCCAGCAGCUCGGCUGGGUCGAUCAAUGGCGCCAGCGGCGGUGACGCCGAGUCUGCGGCCCAUUCUCGGCAGGCGUCGAGCGCGUCUUCGCUGGCGUUUGCGUCUCGCAACCCGUACGCCAGCCUGGCCCCGUCGUCGGUCAGCGCCGAGGCGGCGGUGGCGGCAGCAGCGACGGCGGGAGGCGCGGCGACCAACCCAUUUGCCCGGGCCGGCGACAUCGACGUGGACCCGCUGGCGCUGCGGAUCGGCAGCGCCUUUAACCUGGGCCCCUCGCCGCCGUCGUCGAACAUGGCGCCACCAACGCGCCCGACGAUCAACACGGGUGCGCCUCAGCCGCACCCGCCGCCGCUGCCGCCGCAUCCCCGGACCCGCGGACAGGCCGAGUCGACGGACAGGCCACGGCAGCGGCAUGGCGGUCACGACAACGGCGGCGACGACCGCGGCGACGACGACGACGAUGACGAUGGCGACUCGAUCCUGACGCCCAUUGUGCCGUCGGAAAAGGCGCUGGGCAAGCGGCGCCAGGUGAGCGUGCGUCUGUCGGAAUAA